AGACGCUUCCUGUGAUCGUGAUUUACAUAAGAUUCCUAGGUUGCUUACCAAAACGAAUCUAGUGUAGAUUACAAGGAGAUUCGCCAAAAAGUGAUUCAUUUAGUACGGCUUUGAAAGAACAUGUUCCGCGCUUUCUGAACUAGCUUUCUUCAUUGCUUCUGUGUUUAGGUUUUUUUAGCCAUAGACUUCGUCACGACGUGUACAUUUUUUUCCACAGUUUCGACAUUUUCCCAUACUACAUGUAUUUAUUCGCAUACGAGUUCAUUUUUCAUGUUAGCAUGCUAGAGUUGAAGUUGUUCACCUUAUCGGAUAAAGAGAAGACGUUUAAGUUCUUUCACUAGCUCUAUCUUCAAGAAGCGAAAAAUUGCGGAAAGUGAAAGUAUAUCACUCGUCCAUCGUUUUUGUAGCUCACUAUUAUAGCGAUUUUGUUUUCAAGAGCCUUUAUUUUCGCCCGGUGGCGAACAAAGACACCGCACCGCGGCUGUGGGAACGAAAUUCUGGUCGCCAAAAAGCCGAGAUAACAUCAAGACCAGCCGUAGCAGGAUCGAAGAACCUUUACGAAGCGGGCAGCGGCGCAGCGAACCGAUUCGUGUACUGAAGCGAAUUGCAUAGAAGCUGAUUUUGUUGCUUUUCGAGCUGCACUAUCGGCUACGAUAGAAGAUUUGCACACUGCUGGUGGAAGGACGACGACCAACUCGAUAGUCAGCGCCGCUCUGUUGCAGCUGCGAUUAUGCGAGUCUGCCUUCCUCUGCACGAACAAAAUCUGAAUAUCGAGCCACUGUGCGCCCGCGUCGAGGACAUCAAGGACUCUUGCACAAGCUAGAAAGCGCUCACCAAGCGAAGCAAAUUCAAGUGGAGAAGAAGAGCUUCAAGAACGUGGUGCGCAAGCAAAGGCAUAUCAAUUGUUCCUACAAAAACGAAAGAGGUCAGGUGAGCUUCUAGCGACUCACGAAAAAGCCGAAAAGAGAGUAACUCUUCAAGAAGUAUGGGCACCAAAAGUACAUUUAUGCUUAUGGGAACGAAACUAAAGAACUGCGACGAAGCACGACGCUGCGACCACGCGAGAAACGCAAACGCUUUGACGUUGGCCUUCGUCUAUGUCUAGUUGUAAAAACGAAGCAUAUUAAAGUGAUGACUAGUUCACCUUCGGCGGCACAUCUUCAGCCACACCACAAAGAAUACUCGCCAGCACACCACACCUUUUACCAAAACCCGAGACCGCCGUCGGAACAGGGACUUCACUGAGAUAUUACUCUUCUGGGAGCAGGUACUGCGCAAACCGUAGCCGCGUUCUGUAGAAGAAGUGAAGCCGUUUUUCUAACGACGAUAACACCGAAUAUUUUUUCAAAGUUUUUCUACUACACAAGCGAAACUGAGACGCGACGAAUAUUAUUGUUCCGGGAGGACCAGUAUACAGCCUGAAUACCACAUAAAAUAUUGAAUGUAGUUUUACGCGUGACCAUUCAGCACUUCGGGCGUUUUUCAAAUAGCCUGCUGGUGAUAUUCUGAUUGAGUGUAAAGCCAAAGAUUUCUGUUAGAGUAGCACGACGUAUACGAUAUUCAAGCGAAAAAACUAAUACCAAAACUGAACACAAAUCUUGUACAAUCCUAUAGAUACUUUCAUGAAAAUUCAAUUAUACAACUCAAAGUGUGCUGCUGGCCGAAAUUGAUUGUCCUAAAGAUAAUUGAAACGAAAGAGGUAUAGCACCACCACGCGAGUGUUUCGUCCGAGCCAAGGAAUCAUUCCCAGCAGGUUCUAUUCUGCUGUCCAGAAUCGCUAACUGUAGCGGUAUUGGGAAAUUUUCUACAUUGCAGGCAGGUGAUUAGUGGCCAGAACCGCUGGAAAUCCACUCCAAGUUUCAGUAGAGGCGCUGUGCUUUUUUUAGUAGCGGCGACGUAGUAACUCUC